AUUGAAAGUAAUGUAGGGUUUAACACAUAAGAUAUAUCAUGAAGUUGCCUUCCACCAAACAUUGUACCCCUUUAUUCUACUUCCAUUGCCCCCCACCCCCCAACUUUUCAUCCAUUUUUCUUCUUUCUCUUUUUCUCAUGGCUCCAAAACCUCCAUUACACUACAUACUUUGAUUAAAUCCAUACUAAAUACUACAUUUCCAUUGGUUAUAUGGCAAACUUAAAUCCAAUUUUCACUAAAUUCAUCUCCUUAAUCUUGUUACUAAUCCAUCUUGGUUGUUUUGUAAUAUUCCCUACCUCUAAUCACAACCGUCGCCGCUCCAAAACUACGCGAAAACCAUCGUCUCCCCUCCCUCUCCUCCGUCCCAUCGCCACGAAAACAAAACCGAGAAAGACACUUUCGGCCUCAUGGGCAUUCAUCAAACAAAUCUUUACAUCAAAUUCAUCUUCUCACACAGAUAAUAAUUCGUCUAUUAUUCAUCAUGUACCCUCUCCUGCCUCCUCUACUCGCUCUUUACGUACAAUUGCCCCACUUGAAAACAACCUUUUGGAUGUUACAGAACCAAGAAACCGACACGGAGAUUUAUCCGAGUCGGAUUUCUUUCCUCUCCGCAACGACAUAUAUCCGUGUCCUAGGUGCGGAGAGGUUUUUCAAAAACCCGAGUUGCUUGAACAGCACACGGCGUUUAAACACGCCGUGUCAGAACUGUCUGAUGAUGACCCGGGUAAAAACAUUGUCAGAAUAAUAUUCCAAACAGGUUGGCCCAGUAGUGGGCCAACCCCAAUGAUUUACCGAGUCAUGAAAAUCCACAAUAGUCCAAAAAUACUAGCCCGGUUUGAAGAGUACCGGGAGCUAGUAAAAUCAAAAGCGGCAGCGAGACACGGAGGAGCGCGUCGCCCCGACGAACGAUGUAUCGCCGACGGCAACGAGCUCCUCCGGUUUCACUGUGCCACCUUUUUAUGUGACUUAGGCCAAAAUGGUAAUUCAACUAUUUGCACACAUCAAUAUUGUAGUGUAUGUGGGAUCAUCCGGGUCGGGUAUUCAUCUAAAAUGGAUGGUAUAUCCACAUUAUCAACAAGUUGGAAAGGCCACAUGGCAUUACCAGAAGACAUAGAAGAAGAAUUCAAGUUCAUGCACGUGAAACGGGCCAUGUUGGUCUGCAGAGUUAUAGCGGGUCGGGUCGGGUGUGACCCGGAAAUAGGAGACAAAGAUGACCCGGGGUAUGACUCAUUGGUCGGGAGGGAAUCAGGUGCGACGCAGAACAGGAUGGAGGAUGAUGAUGAAUUGAUUGUUUUUAAUCCAAGGGCUGUACUUCCUUGUUUUGUGAUUGCGUAUAGUGUUUGAUUUUGAUCGUGUGGUUGUGAGAAAAGAUUGGAUGUAGGAGUGAAAAAGGAGUAGAGUAUAGAAUAGAUGCUUUGGAAAACAGGCUUUUGUAACAAGAUCCUAAGAACUUGUUACUUUUUGGUACCACGAUCGUUGAAGAUGAUUGCACCCACUUUGUUGUGUUAUGUAAUUUAUGGUAAUUCUGUGAAAUGAUUGACUUGUACUUUAAGCUUUGCAGGUUUGUUUACUGUAUUAUUUAUGACAUAAGAUCCAUAUUAUUCUUCUUUUA